GCUCCAUUGAACCCGGGUUAUGUCGGUCGGAAUAUCAAAGUGUAAGUGAAGUGGCCUAGAGACCUACAUUUUGUGUUUUAAUCAUUUUAUCGCUUAUAAUGAGCGAUUAUUGAGAUAAAUUUUCUUUUUUAGUCUGUAUUUGUGAUAUUUCAUAGAUUCUGCGCUCGGUAAAGACGCCUCGUUCGAUACUUAUUCGUGUAUCAUGCACGAAGACGCUCCAAAAAUGAGUGUAGCACAAGGUCUGGCCGCCUCCACUAGCCAGGCGAAGAACGAUUUGGUCACAGAAGUGCCAAUAGAUUAUGAUUUGAACUCUGUCGAUGAGAAACCUCCAGAAGCAAUCGGUAUGGAUCUGAAGAUUGCUUAUGUCGAUCCGGCGAAUGGCACUGGAGCUGAACCUGGAGCUUAUCUGCCAACAGCUGGCACAGUGUGUGAUCAAACUGAUACAAAGGAUGUAAUUGAAGAAUUAUGCCCGGUUUGCGGUGACAAAGUCAGCGGAUACCAUUAUGGACUUCUGACCUGCGAGUCUUGUAAAGGAUUUUUCAAGCGAACCGUUCAGAAUAAGAAGGUGUACACGUGCGUCGCUGAACGUGCCUGUCACAUUGACAAAACGCAGAGGAAACGGUGCCCUUUCUGCCGCUUUCAAAAAUGCCUGGACGUGGGAAUGAAACUUGAAGCUGUAAGGGCAGACCGUAUGCGAGGAGGUCGAAAUAAAUUCGGACCCAUGUAUAAACGAGAUCGCGCUCGCAAACUACAAAUGAUGAGACAGCGGCAAAUUGCAGUGCAGACAUUGCGUGGCUCGCUAGGUGAUGGCGGGCUGGUCCUCGGCUUCACCUCACCUUACGCUGCCGUGCCUGUUAAACAAGAGAUUCAAAUUCCCCAAGUGUCGUCACUGACCUCCUCCCCGGAAUCAUCGCCAGGGCCGGCCCUCCUGGCCGCCCAGCCGCAGCCGCCCCAGCCACCCCCGCCUCCUGCUCAUGACAAAUGGGAGGCGCGCUCGCCGCAUUCCGCAUCGCCGGAUGGAUUCACGUUCGAUGCACCUGCCACCACAGCUGCCACACCAUCCAAUACUGCCGAGCCUACCAGUACAGAAACCCUCCGACUCUCACCCAUGAUACGCGAGUUUGUGCAAACGAUUGAUGAUCGCGAGUGGCAGAAUUCGCUUUUUGGACUCUUGCAGAGCCAAACCUAUAAUCAGUGUGAGGUCGAUCUAUUCGAGUUAAUGUGUAAAGUGCUGGACCAGAACUUAUUCUCACAAGUGGACUGGGCGAGAAACACCGUGUUCUUUAAGUAUUUAAAGGUUGAUGACCAAAUGAAACUAUUGCAGCAUUCGUGGUCGGAUAUGUUGGUGUUGGACCAUCUUCACCAGAGAAUGCACAAUGGACUGCCAGAUGAAACCACCCUUCACAAUGGACAAAAAUUUGAUUUAUUAUGUUUGGGACUUCUAGGUGUCCCAUCAUUAGCAGAUCAUUUUAAUGAGCUGCAGCACAAACUAUCCGAACUAAAGUUUGACGUCCCAGAUUACAUCUGCGUAAAGUUUCUGCUCCUAUUAAAUCCUGAGGUGAGGGGCAUCGUUAACGUCAAAUGCGUUCGAGAUGGCUACCAGACGGUCCAGGCUGCUUUACUUGACUACACCCUCACCUGUUACCCUACAAUACAGGACAAAUUUGGGAAACUAGUGCAAGUAGUACCCGAAAUCCAUGCAUUACGGCCAGGGGAGAAGAGCACUUAUACCAACGACAUUGUGCUGGACAAGCGCCCACCCAGACUCUUCUCAUGGAAAUGUUGCAUGCAAAGCGCAAGCCGAACGGAGGUGAAAUGGUUAACCGGAGUGAGCACACAUCGACUCUUGACAGAUUGUGCGGUUUCCUGCCAAACGACACGAUUGAGCCGCAUUCGCCAAUCUAGAAUCUUGAAUGGCCAGUGAUUUUUUGCAGUGAGCAAGAGAUAGAAGACGCACUAUGCGCCCCGAUACCGCAUCAAUAGAAUGUUAUACAAACUUUACUUAUUAGUUAGCUUAAGUUUUACUUGGUGUGUGAUUAAAUUUAAUAAGUUAUUGCGCCGGCCGGUGCCGCGCGUGCCUAGUCCGAAUACAGAUAAAACAAAUAUUUAUCUACCUAAUAUCUGUAACAUAAAUAUACAAACAUAUUUUACACCAGUCUUGUGUAGCUACGGUUAAUUUAUUUAGCAAUCUAUAUUAUUUUACAUCAAAAUUAAGUACAUGUAAACUAAGUACUCUUUAAAUCCGGUGCGUAAACGAAGAGAAAUAUUAUUACAUAUUUUAGGAAAGCGUCUGUGAUUGUAAAAAAGAAGAAAUUUGAGGAAGAACCAUUAUUGUUGUUAGUUGAGAUGAACAUUAAGUAUAAUGAUUAGGUUUACAACAGCACCCGUGCAAGCACGGGGCAGGCGGCGCCGCGACCACCAUGCGACGUCCGCUCUUUAAAUUCAUCGUUACUUAUUAACUUUAUAAAUGUACCAUUUCUUAUUCAUUUAAGUCUUAAAGCACUUAUCUGUCACAGUUUAUAAAAUGUAAACAAAUUGAGUUGUAAGAAUGCUUAUGCUUAUCCCUAGGAUGUAUGUGAUCGGUUCGUUUUUGUGACAUGCUCUUUUAAGUGUAUGACACUCACUUAGGCAUAAUAAAUUUGCUCGAGUGUAUCAGAUUUUAAUGAAAGUUAAUAUAUUUAAAUUAUAAAUUAAAUUAUAUACUUGAAAUUCACCCUUUUAAAAUUUUACAGUUGUUCUUCAAAAAUGUUUAUCUAAAUGUUGUAAAGCAUAAUUUAUAUCGGCCAUACCAGUACAAAUGUAACUAUGAUCCUUGUAAAUAACAUGUUAGCACGUUUACAAUUAUAUAAAUCUACUUAUAUUGUAAUUAUUGUGUAAUAUAUUUCUCAACAUACAAGCACGAAGCCUUAAAAAUCAUAGAUUUUUAAAGAAAUGUGGGUACUAGCAUCUACCGGUCAGUGGCCGAAAGAGAUGAUGUAUUUUUAUAAAACAUAUUGUUCUUUAUUAACAUAUAUAAUAUGUUAACUGAAGGUACAUGAUUUCGUAUUUUUCUAACAUAAAUAUAGUACGUAAAUAAACAAGUGUAACGAUCAACUUUUAAAGUGGAAAAAUUAUGUAUACAUAAAUAUAAAAUUAAUCUUAUCAUUGUCUUAAAUACAUUACAACGUUGAAAAUUUAAUUUGAAAACGUUUUAAUUUUAUUUUGUUAAAUCAAUUUGGUGGUGUAGAGAAGUUCCUGGUACAUUCCCAUUAUAAGCCUAAAUGAAAUAAAAGAAAUGGAUAUCUGAUAAUGUUAAAUGUUGUAAGUGAACUCUAAAUACAUGCCAUGUAUGAGCAGAACGCGGCACGGAAUGUACCAAAUGCUCCUCCAGUACACUUGGCUACGAGAAGUACGACUUUAUCAGAAAUGUGAUCGACGGUUUGUGUUGUACAGUGGAUGUUUUAAUUCUAACAGUUCAUUGAAAAUUAUUUUAGUGUCUUUGCACCAAGUGCGAAUGUAUGUAUAGUAGGCCGCAGCAACGAGUAGUAGAUAUUAUAUAAUUAUUAAUUGAUGUAUAUUUUCCAUUUGGCUUAGCGGCUCUUACCUAGGCUAUUAUAUGAUUAUAUAUAUAAUAAAAUUAUGGCACCGAUUUUGUCUUAUACCGUCCAGUGAACACAGUUAUAUUUAUGACAUGACAAAAACAAUAUAAAUUAUAUUCAUUUGUGAUUAAAUUGCAAAUUAAAACAUUUUACCCUAGUUAACUAAAGUACGCCAACUGGCAAGAUCUUUAAUUGUCAUACUAUAGACGUAAAUACUAGUUGGAAAAUACAAUAAUAUGGAAAGUAAAGUAACAUUGAAAGCAAAAAAACAAUUCGAACAAAGUUCCUCAGUAUAUCGUUGUGGUACAAUUUUAUUAAAUAUACAUUUCAACUGAAUUUAUUUAAUCAGCACAAUCUGAAUGAUUUUAUAAAAAUAUACUAAAACUAAGAAGUCACGUUCUCAAUUAUUCCGUAUCGAAAUAAGAAUAUACCUACCUAUACACAACAUUUUUUCAAUUCGGUAUCUCAAAUUAUAUUUCUAAACGGAUGAUCACAGAUAAUACUUAUUAUAUGUGUAUAGUAUUUAUAAAUGAUUAAGUUAGGAUCAGUUAGAAACCCCACGUCCUUGUUAUUACUAAAAACACAAUAUUAAAAAAAUAUAUAUUUUACAUAAUAACGCGAAGCUGUGGUAGUAGCAUCGGAUAAGAAAGCAUGCAUUAUAAGUUUAGUUCCAUAUUUUCAUUAGGGUCUGCUAAAGUGUUCAUUGUUUUUUCUAUUCAUCACUUAAUUCGCCUUUUUAGCAGUAUAUACCAAUAAGUUAAGGAAACCGCAGUUUCGUGAUUAAGAUGCUUUAUCGAAGGCAAAGCUAAUCUGUGAUGGUAAGACAUAGUUAGGUACAUUAGGCUGUGUGGGUCUUUUUGUCCAUACUUUAGAGGCACAACGAUAGUGACCAUAUUAAUAUAUUUUUCCAUGCAGCUUUAAUGAAUAUUAUUUUAUUAACUUCAAAGCCCUACGUAUUUGAACCGAAUAUUUAACUAUUUUAGUGCACUUUAGUGAAAGAAAUUAUAACUUGUGUGUGCUACUAGAGCAAAGCCCAUUUACCUCCACCUUAGAUUCUUUUUAUUAGUUUUGUGCAUUUUUGAUUACCAAACAGAUGUUACCAUUUAUAUACAUCAAAAUAUUUCGACUUUAUAGAGAUAGCCAGUAAUUUGUUAUCAUUAACACAUCUCCAAUAAAAAGAAUCUUGUUUGCCUCCGAAGUAAUGACUACAUAUUGUAUGUAUAUAUACAUAUUUAUGUAUGCAUGAUAUUACACAUUUUUAUCAUAAUAAUAUUCAGGGUAUCAGGUAUAAUGUUUAGUACAUAAUUGUACAUAUAUAUAUGUAUAAUUUAUAUGAUCUAAUAAUUUCGAAUAAACUACAUUACUAUUUGAAUAAAAUAUCUUUAUAUUUGUUUUUAAUAUUUUUUUAUAUUAUUUACGUAACAAAGUAAUGUAUUGUAGUCCUUCGUGCGUUACUCGGUCACGAGGCUAUGGGCUGUUUACACGGGUUUUUCGCUAAAACACCAGUGAUUUUUAUUCAGGUAAAGUGAACCCGUGUAAAGCAGUCAUGUUUAUGGAGUCGUGUGCCAUUAGUUAAGUGUUUGUACAGGGUCAAGUACAACGUCAGUUUAAGCGCGAAACAAACAUCUUUUCCUUGUUUGACAAUAAACGGUCUGUUAAGGUGCCAGAGUUCGUGAUUGCUUUCCUUUAUCAUUUCCGUUAUUUCAAUUAUUUGUGAAUUAUAAUCGGUAAUCACUAUCAUUUUAAUUAUUUAAUUGAUUUCAAAUAAUGCUAUAAAUCUAUCUCUAACCUACUAUUUACGUCUAAGUUUAGGUUGUAAUAUACAGCGUAAUGUUGUAUUUUAGUGUUUGUGUAAGUAAAUCUAUAUUUAUGAAUAUAAAUGAUAAGUAUUUUUAAUUAUUAUGAUACACAAUGAGUGUUCUAUGUAAAUGUACAUUUUGAGUUCAACUAGUUUGUAAGUAAAAAGUAGGUAAUAUAACUGCGUAUAGAGGGCAAGCGGGCGGUGGCGGUUCUUGGAGCUGAUAAAAGUGAACAAUAACUAUGUUAAACAUUUUAUCAAUUGACUUGCUGUCAAUUGUUAAGUUCAGGUUUAUGGUCAGCUUUAAGGCCGGCAACACCCGCUGCCCGCAAUGAGGGCACUGUUAUUUCGCUCAGAUUCGCCCGCGCAAGGUCAAGUUUCAGCGAUGCGGGCGGCGUCUGUGGCCCACUGUGAUCGCCGAAGCCGCCACCGCCGCAUCAUCGUCAUAACCUUUCAUUCGACGGUAUCGGUAUGUUUGGGAAUUGAUUGCUGGGAAGAGGGUACGUACGCGUCGCACACAUUCCAAAAUAAUUUUAUUAGUAACGCCAAGUGACGCGACGACGAACGCGUUACAAUUUGUAAGUUAACCACUUUGUUGUUCAUUAUCGAUAAGUUAGGUUUAAUCUCAGUCGAUGUUUUUUAACUUUAGUAUGUGUAUAGUGUUUUCUCUGAUAAGUAUAUGUGAGGAUGUGAAUUUGAGCGAAUCGACAGGUCACACCCUGAAAAGUUCAUUACUAGAUAUAAAACUAAGUACCUAAUCUAUUAUUUCUGUUGCACCUAACUUUAUUUCGCGAGCCGUGUUAGAUAUAUUUUAAUAAUUGUACAUAUAGUUAGGGCGAGGUAUACAGUGUUUUAAUUCAAUCUUAAAUGGUUAUUGUUGAAUCUGAAAUAUGGGGCUGGCAAAUACCAAUGCAAUGUUGCAUUUGCUGUUGAUGAAUUAAAGUAAAUAGUUUAUCUGAUACCUAGAUGUACUGGUAUUGAAUGUGUUACGUUGUUAGAGAGCAGUGCCGGCCGGGAACUCGAGCCUCGCACCUCGGUCCGCAGACCGGCAUCUUAUUUUAAUGUAAUCUUAAGUACACCCAAUAAGUUAGCCACGAAGGCUUGUUUUGUGAGGCUGCUUCUAUUUUAACUGAAUCCCAGAGAAGAGAGCAAUCGCAAUAUAAACGCUACAUCACCGCUGACAUCACUAAUGGUAAUAAUAAUGUACAAGUUGUGCGCGUCUCACUCGUUGUAAAGUUUUGUUAUCACAAUUGAAUCUUAUAUUUGAUAAUAGAAACUGCCAACGGUAAAUUAUCUUGAUUACAAUAAAUGUAACAUCACGAAUACUAAUCGUUGCGUUCAGUUAGAGUAAAGCAACCAGCAUAGUUCACCACAGCCACAUUUGUACCGUGUCAUUACCUCACAUUGACUUUUUUACAUUAUAAAAUAAAAUUAUAGUUAUUGUUGUCGCUAAAUCUUUGAACUUAUUUUUAUUGUCGAUAUUGUUUAGAGGUGUCAUUAAGUUAUAAACUGUACACAAAGAUCUAUUUUUAGAUGGCAACAUAGAUACAUGUAUAUGGCGGUGUGAAGUGUCGGCCGUGCAUCGUCAGUGUAUUUAUUUUCAUGGUGAUGAAUAAAUAUUGUGAGACGCACGAAAGCCGCGACGGCGAGGCGCGCCCGCAAGCCUUGUCGCCGCUCGUUAUUGUAGAAAUAAAUGAUAUUUUCGUUUAAA